GCCUUUCCCCUGCUGCUGCGCCUGGUGCGAGGUCGGGUCUUUAGGCUCUCCUUCGUUUCCUCACCCUGAAAGCCUAUUCGGAGGAGUAACUUCCAGUCCUCCUGCUACGACCCUCCUAAGGCGGCAUGCAACGCACCAUGGGGCUGUGACACAGCCACCCAGGGGUCCCACCUCCUUCCCCCUUCACUAAACGGGGCUCUGGCUCUUUCGGAUGUUGCCUCAUUUCCUGAACACGAGAAGGGCACGGCUGAGCCCGGCUCCGGCUCCAGCGCAGAUCUGCCCACCAUGGCCCUGCUGCUGCUCCUCCUGCCGCUGACCCGCUGUGAGCAGCCCCCACCCCCACCCCCGGGUUCCUGGCUGGACUCAGACACCCUGAAGGAGGAGGGGGCCAGGCACCAGACUACCGAGUCUCCCAACGGGCCUCCGUGUGACACAGUCGUCACUCCACCUGUAUCUCCAGCUUCACAUCUCAAGCCAUGGCUGGGGGCUCAGCCGGGCGCAGUCGUGACUCCUGGUGUCAACGUAACCUUGAGGUGCCGGGCCCCCCAACCCGCCUGGAGGUUUGCAUUCUUCAAGGCUGGAGCAACAAACCCCAUGAUCCUCCGGGAUGUGGCCGUGGAGAUGGCAGAAUUCUUCCUGGAGGAGGUGACCCCAGCCCAGGGGGGCACUUACCGUUGCUGCUACCAGAGGCAAGGCUGGGGGCCAGGUGUCUGGUCCCAGCCCAGUGAUGGCCUGCAACUGCUGGUGACAGACGAGCUGCCGCGGCCGUCGCUGGUGGCGCUGCCCGGGCCCGUGGUGGCGCCCGAGGCCAACGUGAGCCUGCGCUGCGCGGGCCGCGUGGGGGGCAUGAGCUUCGCGCUGUACCGCGUGGGCCUGGCGACCCCGCUGCAGUACCGCGAGUCGGCGCAGCCCUGGGUGGACUUUCCGCUACUCGGCGCCCGCGCCCCCGGCACCUACAGCUGCUACUACCACACGCCCUCCGCGCCCUACGUGCUGUCGCAGCGCAGCGAGCCGCUGGUCAUCAGCCUGGACGGAUCCGGGUCCCCGGACUACACCCUGGGGAACCUCGUCCGCCUGGGGCUCGCGGGCCUGGUCCUCCUCUCUCUGGGCGCGCUGCUCGCUCUUGACUGGCGCAGCCGGGGCCGCGCCGCGGGCGUCAGCGUCGGGUCCUGAGCCCCAGGGGAGCUGCAUGGAGCCUCCCGCCGCCUGGGAAGACUUCUGGGGAGCGACGGAGAGGAAGCUGGGGUCCCUGGGGUGGAACUGGGCGAUUCCCGGAGCCCCGGAACCAGCGCGCCUGGCUCCUCACGUCCCCACCUCCGCGCCGUGCGCUGCAGCUGUCUUCGGGGCGCAUUUCCCCGGCACUCACAGCGGAGUCCGAGGCGCGGUCCGUCGCUCAGGCUUCCAGAGCAGAAGACCUGAGUUCGAAUCCCACCGCUACCGCUCGCGCCAUGGGGGUGGCAGGAAAUCCUCAGUUACCUCCCCUGUAAAAUGGGCGCACUGAUAAUACGUACUUCACGGGAUCGUUGUACGGACUGCGUAGAUGAUACAUAAAGCCUUUAAAACAGUGA